UAACCAAUGCGCGUGACAUGUUCAUUUAAAAGGUUGUGGCAGUUCCACUCGCGCCUUUUGGCGAAUUUGUAUUUUGACUGCACUGUUUCACCAUACCACUACCCUCACCGCACGCUUUGUGCGACAACGAGCAUGAGCAACUUUCUGGAACUGUACGAGCCUCUGGAUAUCAUUGGUAAUGGUUCAUUCGGAAUCAUUCGUAAAGUCAGGAGGAAGUCGGAUGGCCAGGUGCUUGCACGAAAGGAGCUCAACUUCGAGAGAAUGAGUGAGCGGGAUAGGAAGCAAAUCGUUGCCGAAGUUAAUAUCUUGAAAGAUCUGCAUCACGAGCAUAUUGUACGAUAUCAUGACCGCCACGUUGACCGAGAUGCAGGCAUCUUGUACAUUCUUAUGGAGUACUGUGGCGGAGGGGAUUUAUCCACUGUCAUAAAGCAAGCUCAAAAGUAUAACCGACCCGUGCCGGAGGACACGAUUUGGAACUACUUCAUGCAAAUCUUGCUUGCGCUUCAUUAUUGUCAUCACCCUGGUAGUCAUGGACGAACAGGUAGUGGCACAUCCGAAGGCGAUGCUAAGGAGAAGCGGCCGCAAAUUUUACAUCGAGACCUCAAGCCAGAUAAUGUCUUUCUGGACCAAUCAAACAUCGUGAAGCUUGGUGACUUCGGUUUAUCAAAAGCAUUGUCCCAAGCAAACUUUGCGAACACAUAUGUCGGGACACCAUAUUAUAUGUCUCCUGAGCUGAUGCAAGAGCGGGCCUACGAUUCCAAGUCCGAUAUCUGGUCGCUGGGCUGUCUUAUCUACGAGCUUUGCGCGCUGAAGCCGCCAUUCCACGAAGCGAAGACUCAUGCAGAGUUGAGUAUAUUUAUACGCAAUGGCCGAAUACCACCCUUACCGAAAGGGUACAGCCAGGCAUUGUCAAGUGUAAUCAAAGCAAUGUUGAACCUUAAUCCCGCGAUGAGGCCUUCAGCAGCUCAGCUUCUCCAACACGAGCGGUUAGAGCUCGUUUUCAAGGUUUCAGAGACAGAAAAGAUGCUUGCUACAGUGAAAUCGUACAAAGUAGCUGUUGUUACGAAAGAGCGAGAAGUCGCCGCCCGCGAGGCAGCCCUCGCAGAACGGGAAGCACGGCUAACAUCCAUCAUUUCCGAAAAAGACCAUGAAAUUGCCCGACUCCACGAGCUAUUGAGGCAGGCAGAGGCCAACUCAGAACAACGGCUGCGUGAUGUACGAAAACGUAUGGAGGAGGUAAUGGCACUGCGCGAGGAAGAGCUCGAAAACCAUGUGCGCCAGCGUGACCAGGAGCUAUUUGCGUGGUGGACAGCAAGAGAACAGGAGAUCAGGGCAGGGAUGAUGAAGGAACUAGAGGACAAGGUGAAUUGGAUUCAAGGGAGGGAAGCAGAGCUCGACGCAGAACAGGGGAAGCUUGAUGCAGCAAGGAAAGAUUUAGAAGUGAGGUUGAAAGCAGUAGAAGAGAAGGCUGCAAGCGAGACUAAAGAACGCAAAGACAAGACACCCCUAGAAGAAGUGAAAAACCUCCUUGCACCUCUCGCGCAGCUAGCUGAAGACAGCCGCCUGCGGUCUGCCCAACGUCGGUCACAGGAUUUUUCCUUCAUGAACACGACUAUUACGCUCGAGACGCCCGUUAGCCGUUCUGUCAAACCUGUCGUACCCUUUUCAGCGAUGAAAGGUGUCGUUCUGACAGAAACUGGCCAACCGUUAGCGACACCUACGCCAGCUCAGCUUGCCCAACUUUUCGUCAAAUCACCCAAAGUGAACAUCGAGUUUGCCAAGAUAUUUGACUUUGACGAGGGGGGUGAUAGUUCCGAUGCAGAAGAUGGGGAAGGCGACGCCGACUUGCCGCCUUCCCCAUCAAAACGAGAACGAACAAGUCCCGAGAUGACUGCCUCAGCCUCUUCAGCAAGAGACCCGAAUUCUGUCCCCCCCACGCGUCUACGCAAGCCAUCCAUCCGAGGAUCUUCUGCCUCCGACCCUACAGGAUUCGCAUCAUCAUCACGACCCUCAAAGUCAACAACCUCACGAACAGAGUCUACGGAUAUCUGUACGACAACGAAAACGGCACCCCCCGAAAAUCUACCGAGUCCAUUCCUCAAGCGCACUGAACGCGAACGCGCGAUAGCUCCUGGAACUCUUCGGUCAACGAAACGUUCAAGCACCGGCAACCUCUUGCGCGUCGUAGCAGCUACGAACAAUGCGAAGCAGGGGAAGCAAACUCGCGCUGCAGGUCAUGGCACUCGGCCGGCGCUUGCAUGUGCUCGCAAGGCGAGUGAAGAGGCGCGGAAGGCGUUGUCACGGUCGUGACGUGUGGUGUGCUAUCGAUUUAUUUUGUUUUAUUGCAUCGUUAUUUACGAUAUGACACACGAUAACUUUCGGUUUCUGCGGCGGGCAUGCAAAGACGACCCAUUGUCAAUAGUAGUUCUUUGUAUACGAUAUCAUCCGAUGCACCAUCCUUUCGCCCGAUAUAACUAGAAAGUGAACAUCAGAGCAGUAACGAGAUUCCGUUCCUUUGGGCGGUGGGCACUAUCGAUAUCUGUGACCAAAUUGCAGGUCCGGACAAUCACUGGACAAUCGCACAAAUG